GAAUCAUUUGCUGUCAUGAGUAUAUUUUUAAGGCUCCGUGUAAUUCGUCGAUUUUUUUUAAAUGUGCAAACCCGUUAUAGGAACUGAAGUCGAAUUUCGAACUGAGUAAUGUCGCGGGAUAAACUGUACAAUAUAAUGUUCAAGUCGCACCAUUCCCUUUAAAACGAUGUUUUUAUAACACCGAAACUACGUAAUCCAUAGAAGAUAUUGAGCAGACCUUCAGACUAACAGUUAUGCAGAUGUCAUCAGAGCGCUGCUGAAUAUAAUCGCAUCACCUGGGUGCAGUCCUAUCGUGACCCACUACUUCCAUAGAAAGUUUCUUUUUUGAAUGUGUAGUUUGGAAUUCUGCUUGCGUUACCAUUCAUAUUUUUAUACUGGGGUCAGCCAGGAAGCACGUCUCCGAGCGAUUCGUCAGCACAAUUGGAAUUAAUUCCCUUCCGUUUGUGUGCACUAUGCAUUUUUGGUUAAAUACGAUAUAGCUGAGGAGGGUCCUCCGGCUUGUCCAAGGGACCCCCUCCUUCUCCGUCUUCUGCAGCUGCCCCUUUGCCGGACUGGCUGUCAUGCCGAAUGGUCCAGAGCGGAAACUGUUUAGUUCCUUUUGAGUUUUAAAGAAAAACGGAAGACUACAAUAAAAUCCCUAAGGUGGACGUCAAGUCAACACAAAGGCAACGGCACUACUUAAAUGUUUGAUCAGGCCACGAGUAUGGGCGAUGCAGUCGCCGAAGACCAAAACCACAUCUCUGGAUCCAGCUCACUGUGUCGAGAUCGGACGAAAGACAUUAAGUGCUACAGCGAAUUAGGAAGCAGGUCUCCUGGCCAAAACGCCGCUGACACCCCGGCAACAUCUGCAUCUACACCAACUUCUUCCAGUGAGGACGGACAUGAUAAAUCUUUGGGAGUGGACCCAGAGUACUGCAGAAGAAUUUUAGUGAGGGACGCCAAGGGGACUAUCCGAGAGAUUGUUCUGCCCAAGGGUCUCGACCUAGACCGUCCGAAACGCACGCGGACCUCCUUCACUGCGGAGCAGCUCUACCGGCUCGAGCUAGAGUUCCAGCGCUGCCAGUACGUGGUGGGCCGUGAACGCACUGAACUGGCGAGGCAACUCAACCUUUCCGAGACGCAGGUGAAGGUGUGGUUCCAGAACCGGCGUACCAAGCAGAAGAAGGACCAGACCAAGGACACGGACAAGCACUCCUCGCCUAGCUCCGAGUCCGUCGCCACCUGCAAUAUCCUGCGCCUGCUGGAACAGGGUCGCCUCCUGUCAGUCCCCGUACCCCCCAACCCACUCCUGCCCCCUAACAAGGCCAACGGCCCCCUCCUCAGGGGUCCCAGCGGCUCCUCUCCAAGCACGACCACUGGGGGGGCCUUCGGGCUGUCCCUGCCUUCACUGAGUGCCCCGUCUUCGCUCGCGGCCCCAUUGUCGCCCCAUCUGGCAGUGUCCCAACUCUGCUUCUCGGUGCCCAUGUUGAGUGGCGGCCAUGAACUGCCAGGGGUGUACAGUUGUGGGUCCUCUGCCUUCGAACCCUACACACGGAUAGAGCGGAAGGACGGCAGCAUGGGUGGGAAGAAGACUGUUUCCUGAAAGAGCCGCCCAUGCCUGUCUAUUGUGGCGUGGUGGCCCAAACUGAUUAUGCCGGUU